UAUGGUUGGAAAUAUCGUCAGAAAGAAGUUGCUAGUUUAGCCACCAUCAAACCCCGCCAAAUCCUAACGCGGCGAAUCCCUCCUCCAUAUCAAACGUUCGCGGGAAAUUUUCCGACCAAUCUCCGGUGAUAAUUUUGGUUCGAGUCGUCUCGAAGGCGACGAUUAGUGAAUGAUUAGCAGAGUCGGCGCGCAUACUCUGAUCCGAUCAUCAUGUCAAUCUCGUGCUCCGAUUGCUUCUCCGACCUACUCUGUCGUGAGGACUCCGACGUCGUAAUCACCGGAGACGGUGAGAACUCGCCGGAAUGCUCCACAUCGGAAUAUGAGUCUCUUCCUCCUACGGCGGAGCUCGAUGAAUCCAUCGCCGGCCUUAUCGAGAACGAGCAGAAUUUCGUCCCCGGGAUCGACUACGUCGAGCGCUUCCAAUCUCAACCGCUCGACGCCGCCGCGAGAGAAGAUGCUAUUGCUUGGAUUCUCAAGGUUCACCGUUAUUACGGCUUCCAGCCACUCACGGCGUAUCUCGCCGUCAAUUACUUUGACCGUUUCCUCAACCAUCAUCGUUUGCCGCAAACCAAGGGAUGGGCUAUUCAAUUGUUGUCCGUUGCUUGCUUAUCUUUAGCUGCUAAGAUGGAGGAACCUCUAGUUCCCCUGCUUUUAGACCUUCAGGUUGACGGUGCAAAAUACAUAUUUGAAGCGAAGACAGUCCGUAGAAUGGAGCUUCAUGUGCUGAGUGUAUUGAAUUGGAGGCUACGAUCAAUUACACCCUUUUGCUUUCUUGACUUCUUCGCCUGCAAAAUUGAUUCAAUUGGGACUUUUAAACGCUCCCUUAUCUCAAGGGCCACAAACAUUAUUUUAUCAAAUAUCCAAGAGGCAUGCUUGGUGGAGUACAGGCCAUCAUGUAUAGCUGCAGCGGCCACCCUUUGUGCAGCCAAUGACUUGCCAGAUUUCUCUAGUGUCAACGCUGAACAUGCUGUGUCUUGGUGCAAUGGACUUCCCAAAGAAGAUAUCAUCAACUGCUACCAAUUAAUGCAAAAAUGCGCCAUUGACAUUAGGCCAAGGAGAUUCCCUAAGGUGUUACCAAAGGUCAGAGUCAUGGCUCGUGCGAGUGUUGCAUGUCCUGACUUGUCAUCUUCGCCGUCAUUUUCAACGUAUGAUAAACGAAGAAAAUUGGGUGACAGUUUGUGGACUAAUGACGAUAGAGAAAGUUCGGGAUAAGAAGAAAGUAAAAUUGGACUUAAGGUCUAUAAUCCUAAAUACUUUUUUAGUGGUGGGGGGUGGGUUGAUGAUAGAAGUUUGACAAGAGUGAUAAUGUAGAUUACUACAUAGUGGCCGGUAUACAUAUAUAAUAAUGGGGAGUAUUUACGGUACCCUAUAACGCUAAGUAGGAUUUUUAUUUUUCUAUAAUAAUAUAAUAAGUAUUUAUUUGGAUUUUUUUUAAUGGUGUGCAGAUUCCCGAGGGAAGGGGGUUGGUACAUAGUGUUAUUUUUUGUGUGAGAAAAGUGGGAGGGGAGAUUGUUUUAUUUAAUAAUAAUAAUAAUAUAUGUAACCACUAUACAUUAUUAUUAGUGGGGAGUGAUGGAGUGUGUGAAGUGGGAAUUGAAGUGAUUGAGUUGAUGAAUUCAAAGGGAGCAUUGAUUGUUGAAUGAAGGUAUGAAAUUAAGGAGGAGAAGGUGGGGACCGGUUGAGAAAAACCAAUGGAGAAUAAUGGUGGAAAGGUGAUGAGAAAAUCAAUUGAGUUUGGCAAUAUCAAAUCAUGAAUUGAUUCACAUCUUGAAGUAUGGUUUUUGAAGAUUGAAUCAAUCAUGGCUGCCUUCAACUUCUCGUCCCAGGGUAAGGUUCACAGACCAUUUAUUCUGUACAUCCUAAUCGUUCUCGACUUCUCUCAGACAUGACAAAUAUAAAAUAAGAGAUGAUUCGUUUUGGUGACGGUGACCGAUGGUUUUAUAUGUGCUCUAUCCCUUUUUUUCCUUUGUCCUAACCAUAUAGGGAUAUAUACUGGAGAUUUUUUUUUUUUUUUUUUUGGGUUUUAAUUUAAUUUUUCUUUAUUUGAGUGGUUUUCGUACCUUUGAUGGCCUACAUUAGGCCUAAACAUAUGUAUACAGUGGGUCUUUGGGGCCUUUUUUAACGCGUGAUGUAUCUUGAUUUAUGAAAGCAAAUUAUUUUUGGGGUUA